AUGUCGUUCUUCGCGAAACGCGCGAAGCCGAAGCCCGAGUCCUCGGCUCCACCGGCAGAUCCUACUCAGAGUCUCUUCAGUCAUUCCAGCUCCUUUUUAGCGCAACAGAAAGAGAGAAUUGAGCGUGAAAAGCGGCAGGCCGAGAAAGAUAAGGAGCGCGAACAACGAAAGAAGGAGAAAAAGGAACGGAAAGACUUAGGCAAGCGCGGAAGUCCCUCUGGAGACAGCACAGAGCGGAAAAUCGAUCUCAAGAKGCGGCGCCUAUCUUCCAAAGAGAGCGCGAAGCUCCUUGCCAAUGCUGGACUUCCCUCUGGACCAAUCGAACUUGAAAGUAGCGCCGACGAGGCUGGUGAGUCUUCGCUGGCAUCACCCGUUCGCAGAUCACCGAGACGUACUCGAACCACUACAAAUGACCAUGGCCUGGCAAAGUCCCGCAGCAGGCUCGAUCAAGCCACGACUAUUCCAUUCGAGAUCUUGGAUGACGAUUCCACGGUGACGGGCAAUGCAGCUGUGCCAGCGCCAUCCUCUUCCGGCGGUGAGGAGGAGUUCUCAGACCCGGAGCUCGCGGAAAUGUCAAGGAAAGCACGCCGCGCUGCACGAGCCCAGCAACCACGUGUGAAGCAAGCAAUGAAUGCCUCUAGCGAUGCACUUGGAGGAGCAGAAACCGGCUCAGGAAUCGGCCAGACAGCUGAACUGCAAGAUCCGAUUGUAAACAUUUUCAUCACCUCAGAUAUACCCGACACUGGAUCACUACUCAUACGACGGAAGAUGUCGCAACCGCUGGGCAAAGUUCGCACUGCAUGGUGUGACAGGUACAAGCUUCCUAGCCAUGUGCGAGACGAGGUUUUCCUAGUCUUCUGUGGGCGUCGGCAAUAUGACAGCACCACCUGCCAACGACUGGGUCUCAAAGUUGAUGCUUCUGGAAGGCCCAUCCGUGAAGACGGCAAUGCCGAUGAGCCGAAUGAUCAAGUCCACGUGGAGGCAUUCACAGAGGCACUUUUUGCGGAAAGAAAGGCAGAGAAGGCUCGCCAGGCCAAGGCUGGCAACAGUGGUAAGUACGAUAUCGAGGAAGAGGAUUUGCAGGAAUCACAGCCGGAGCCUGCGGAAAUAAAGGUUGUCAUCAAAGCAAAGGACAAGGAGCCUUUCAAGAUCAGGGUCGCGCCACACCAUUCAUUUGCAAAGAUUAUAAAGGUCGCCAAGAAGCAUUUUGGCUUCAGCAGCGAGCAAGCUGUUCGAAUAGAAUUCGAUGGCGAGCCCAUAAACCCCGAGCACUUGGUCCGCGACACCGAGAUCGAAGACAUGGACAACAUGGACAUGUAUCUUGAAAGCUGA